AUGGCGGGGUUGAUGGGGGAUCUUGUUCCGAGGCCGCGGCGGUUCAUGGCGGCUCUUAGAGGGCAGGAGGAGAGGGGAGGAAGCGGCAGGAAGCUCGGGAGCGAAGGGAGCCAUGGGCGGCUCGUGGAAAGAUCUAGCAGAAGCCUCAGCUCGAAGUGGAGCGAUGAAGAGGGAGAAAGAAGAACUGACGGAGACAAGAGAUCGAUGAGGUGGAGACGGCGUAUGGACGACGAGAAGAGGUACAGGAGCACGAGUGCCACGAGCAGCACUCGCCCCAAGUCAGGGAUGAGCGCUGCAUCCUCUGUCCAGUCCUGCCCAGUGGAGCUUUCGUUUGAGCAGGUGACAGGCGACAGCUGGAAUGCAUCCAGACCGCAGACGGCUCUCUCGUAUGAGAUGAACAGGAGCAUGAACUCAACAACGUCUGCCUUCUCCUUUGCGACUGGCCGUCCUCGAUCCACAUCCCCGCCAUCGCGGAGGAGGCCGCAGACUGCUGGCCUCACACCCUCGCUCUUCCUCCUCUCCCGCAACAGCACCCCCGUCGAUACCAGCUCUUCGCAGUUUUGCAAGCGGAGGGUGGAGACUUUUCGUCUGUCCACACCCGCUCUCGAUGCUGAGCUGCCGAGCAAGAAGCACCAAGAGAGACUGCAAGGUCUGAACCAGGUCACUCGAGACGCCAUCCAACGGCAUACUCGCUUCCUGGAAGCGUGCAAGUCAUCGAGCUCGAGGUUCAGCUCCUCUCUCAAUGACAAGAACGCCUCCACAAGCAAGGAGAUGCACGGGGACGAGUCGUUGAAGGAGCAGUCGAACAAGCACUCGUUGAAUGCGAUCUUUGACGAGGAGAGAGACAUCUCCGAGUUCCUUCAUGAUGGCGCGAAAGGCCAGAAAUAUGACGAGGAAGACUCAGAAUCGCAGGAGGAGCAGGGGAUAGAGACAGAGCCGUCGGAGCUGGAUCAUUCCGUAGCUGACAAGUGGAUGAACACGCUGAACAUGGCGACGUCAGGGAACAUCGGGAAAAAGCGUGGGAAGAACACGGUCAACCCAUUCCCCGAAAAAGUGAAAACUCAAAGGACGACAAGCUCUUUUGAGGACCUUAUCAAAUUCUUUCAAAAUAAUGUUUCUCUCAAUGUCCCGGACUAUGCGUUGCCAGCGUGUCUUCGUCCAGGGGCUGCUCUUCCCCCCAUGCCUCAAUGUCCCUCCAUGUGGCCGCGAGGUUUUCCUGCUGUCAAGGUCGACAGCAUUCAAUUACCGACGGAGAACGGAUCAUCCAAACCGAGCGACAAGCAACUGACCAAGAUACCUGGAUUUGACGAACAAGAGGAAGUGCAAGAAGGAGAGGAGGAUCGCUGGUCCAACGAUCUCCCCCUCUUCCGCCAAGAAGUCCCCGAGCUCCUCAAGGAGAUUCUGUCUACUGAAAGCGGCGAGCAGCUUGCGCUGGAUCACUUUCACGAGCUCGUGCAUCGUCUGAGGUCGGAGGCGCAGAAGUCGAGCUGGCAGAGGGCGGAGAGGAUGAAGAGGUUGGAGGUGGUGAGGAACAACAAGAAGUACCUCGACGACAUGCUCGCCAAGAAGGCGGACCUGUCCGCGACCCCCGUCCAUGACAAGAUCAGCGCAGAGAUCGAGGAGCAGCGGAUGUUGUUCAUGCGGCAGAGGCACUACAACUUGCAGCUGCAGCGGCUGCUCCGGCGGGUGCGGUACGAGCACGAAGAGACGGAGAGGCUGGUGCACGAGAAGGAGGAGGAGCUGUCGGCCGUGUUUCAGGACAUCCCUUUGCUAGUGAAGCUGCUGGACGAAGCCCAGAUCGAGGCAGCUCACAGCUUUGAGCAGCUCGACCGGGUCCAUAAGCUGAAUGUGAAGCAGUGCGAGAACAUAAGGACAGCGGCGCUGGAGAGGAGAUCUCAGUUCAGAGAGAAGGCGAGGAGGAUGUCACAAGUCCUGCAGGAGGAGAGGAAAGAGAAUCUUGCCAAGAUCAAGAAGCUCAAGGAGUUCGACGAGAAACAAAAGCGCGAGCACAGGCAGUUCAUGAUAGACUCUAUGCAGGACAGCAAGUUGCUGCAGCGGCUCCCCUACUACACUCAGGUCGCUAUGAUCCUCCUCGGGUUGAGGAGCAGCACCAGCACCAGGGACGUUGAUGGCUCCAAGCGAUCCUUGAGCCCGCGGAAGGACCCAGGGAUGGACAUGCUGAGCGACGAGAUUGUUGAGAAGCUGCAGCAAAAUCUCCCGGAGAUCGUCGCAAGGUUUGCAAACUUGUUCACAACCAGAGCAGCAGCGGAGGAGAGGAUCCGAAGCAACGAGGAGACGAUCAAAGAAAAGAAGAUUGUGCUUAACACGCUCAAGGUUGAGCUCCACGACCUCCAAGUCAGCGUCGAGUCGCUCAACGAGGCCAGGAGGAGCAACGCAGCGCACCAGGAGCUGACGGCUCAACUUGAACAAGCCGUGGAAGGGGAGAGGAGGAAGCAGGAGGCGCUGGCGAGGAUAGAGGAGCUCAUAGCAAAGUCGUGCUCCAGGCUGCAGGAGAUGGCAAAGGACAUCUGCAAGCUGUCGGGGAUGGACAAGGACUUGAACGUCAUGGUUACAUCGAUCCAGCUGCAGAAGCUAAUGAAAGUAAUGGAGGGAGGGGGGCAGGGCAGCAAAGAGCAGGGAAAGGUCGAUGUUGCUGUGUGGGUUCGGCUGUGCGAUACGAUCUCAAACAUCCUGAUAACGCUCCACACGAGGAGCGUUCAAAUCAAGAACCAGAACAUCGCGCGCGAGCGAGCGCUCUCUCGCAACAUCAAGGGCUUCCUUAAGGACCAUAUCGCCGCCAUCCGCCUCCGCUACUCCCGCCUUAGGGACAUCAGCGAGCAGGCGCGGCUGAACCGCCGAUCAUGGCCCAACAGCAAGCUGAGGGAUGCGGCGGAAGCAAUUCUGCGGCAGGUUGAGUUUGCCAAGAUCCAGACGAUGCUGAGGAACCUGGAUAUGUCCAAAUCUGUUGCGAUCAUGGCGACUAUCACCAAGCUGCAGGCGUGGGUGCGAGGAGUGCAGGCGAGAAAACGAGUGAGUCACCUCAAGAAAAUGAUGAGCCAAGGAUACAGCAGAAGUCACCUCAAAAAUGCUAUCAGGGUACAGAAGAUCGCUCGUUUCUACCUUGCUCGCCUCCACCUGCACAAGCUUGUCGCUGUCGUCUAUCAGAAGAACAAGGAAAGCAUGUCGGACAAGAUCUCGAAGCUACUCAUCUCUCCUCUCACUCGCAAGGCCACCAAGCUCACCAUCGACGCCGACGACCUCCGUCACUCUCCGCAGAGGAUGCUCACCCACUUCAACCCCCGCAUCGUCUGCGAGCCCGAGCACAAGCUGCCAGACGCGUCCCGUGCUCCUCUGCCCUCCUGGAAGUUCCCGCAGGAGGGCAGCAGCCCGUGGAAGAACAAGUCGUACGCGGCAUGGAAGAUGAAGGAGAUACAGCAUAGGCACACUAAGUUCCGGGUGGUGACAGGAGGAAUCUUCAGCGAUCCAGGGGAGGAGGAGGAAAGCAGGGGGGGCUGGGAGGACGCGUCUGUGCUUGAGCAUCCUGACUACUUGCGGGUAAGGAAAGUGAUCAAGGAAACGUCGAUGAAGGCAACGAAGCUGCUCAAGAAGAGAGAGAGAGGAAGCAACAAAGCAGCAGCAAAGUGA